CAAAUAAAUACAACAGUUAUUUAUAAUUUGUCAUAAGGUCUGAAUGAAGUAAAUGUUUCUCAAUGGAGUUUAGAAGGUAUUUUGAGGGUUUUAAAAAAUUCCUAAAAAUUAUAAUAAUCAAAAGAAGUCUCUGUGAAGCUUCCAGCCUCUGUUUUUUUUUCUGAAGGAAUUUAAGACUGCAGAUAAAACUGAAACAGAAGCUUUAACUGCUUUGAUUUCAUGUUUAUUUCCUGGCAGGACUCAUUUCAUUUUGGCAACAGUUAAGAAAUAAUGUGAGUUGUCAUCCGACAAAAGCACAUUGUUAAUAUUUUGUCAUGAAAAUGGGGGAAAGAGUAGAAGAAAAAACGAAAAAAAAACCUUACCUGGGACCAAACUCCUCUUCCUUACUGCUGAUUGGCUCACAAGGAAAAAUGGGUGGGAUUUCUUUAAUAAAAGCAAACCCUGCAGGAGGGUGUGAAGCUGAUAAGUGACAGCAGCACUAAGACGGUAAAGUCCAACCGAAGAAAAAGAAGCCUCAGAGGACGGGAAAGCUCUCACUACAUGAUGCCUCCUGUUAAAGGCAUGUCUCACGCCAUACCCAGCCAUGUUCUCAGAGUGGGCCAGACCAUAUGUAUGGACCAGGCUUCAGACACCAAGUCCAGCGACCAAGAGGAGCGGGACUUGGAUAUUUCCCUGGAUAAUCUCAACCAGCUUAUAUUGGACCUGGAUCCAACGUUUGAACUCGAAGUAAAGAAAAGCCCCACGUGUGUCAGUCCGCCAACAGAUGACAUUUCCCGUUGCGUGCUGGUUUCUAGAGGAUGUUCUCCAAGGUCUCUUCCCACUGCGGUGCCGUCUGUGACACCCAGUAUUCCCAUCCCUACACACAGCGGUCUCAGCUGCAGCCUGCAGGGGGCGCAGGUGUUCUCCUGCUCCCCGACGUCCUGCCUGCCACCUUUGCCGUUUGGGAGCGCACCCAGGAGGAAUCAUUCCCUGAGGCACGACUCGUCCCAGGGAUCCCUGCGCCUGUGCCAUUCCAACAGAAACAGCGCCACCUCACUGCUGUCCACGUCUACGUGCUCGGACACUAGCUACAUCCUGGGCAGCAACCUGUCCUUGACCGGGGAAGACCCAGACUCUCCAGAUUCCCUUCCUCCCUGCGCGCCUGGCUCCUUCAGUGACAGGUCAAGAACCCAGGUGUGGGAGAACCGGCCCUCCCUGACAAAGAAAGAACAUCUACAGGAGCUCCGCUGUAAAGGAACGCAGAGCAGCCCCGCCUCCCUGUCCGGGUCGCAGAGCGACAUUCCCUUACUGCUCAUCAACGGAGCACCAGAGCCAGAUCCGGUCAGCCCAGGACCAAAAACUGCCGUGGACGUUCCUGCGUCCUCCCCCAAGAAGCCAAGAUGCUUAAGUCUGAGUGGCAGCCAACCAUCCAUGAAAUUUGUCAUGGACACCUCAAAGUUCUGGUUCCGUCCACACAUCAGCAGAGCAGAAGCUGAAGCCUGUUUGAGAGACAAGGAGGCGGGAGCGUUUGUGAUCAGAGACAGCACCUCCUUCAGGGGAAGCUUCGGUUUGGCCAUGAAGGUCAGCCAAUCUCCUACCUGUCCAGGCGAAGGCAAAUCUGAACUGAUCCGACACUUCCUGAUUGAAUCUUCAGCCAAAGGGGUUCGCAUCAAAGGCUCGUCCCAGGAGCCCUUCUUUGGAAGCUUGUCUGCUCUGGUCUACCAGCACACCGUUUCUCCUUACGCCUUACCUUGCAGAUUGGUGCUCCACUCUCAAGAUCUGAAGACACCAGAAGAGAGCCCUGAAAAUGCAGCAUCUGAAGACCAAACCAGAACUGCCUGUAACUUUGUAUACCUGGACGCCGUCCCCACGGAGAUGCUGACCGGCCCCUGCGCCGUGCAGAAGGCCGUGACCUCGAUGCUGGAGAAGGCCUCUGGCUCAUUCACGCCCGCCUUGGUCAACCUGAAGGUGUCUGGGAAGGGGGUCACUCUGACGGAUAUCAACAGAAGGCUGUUCUUCAGACGCCACUACCCCACACAUUUACUGAGCUACGGCGGCGAGGACCCAGACGGCCGAUUAUGGUGGAGAGGUUCAAGCUUUGGUGCCAGGAUGUUUGGCUUUGUGGCUAAAAGCAUGGAGGCCGGCGUGGAGAAUGUGUGCCACGUCUUUGCCGAACACGACCCCCUGCAGCCCUGCAGCACGGCCAUCCACUUCAUUCAGGCCGCCAUAAACAAGCAAUAACGCCAAGCGUGCACUGAAGGCGGGGCCAGGUCGAGCAACGUGCUCUUGAAGGCAGGAAACGGCACAUAAAUCCUGGACCAAGGUGACCCUUUCGGUGUCUGUAAAGAGCACAUAAAUGCACCUUUUAAUCCCAACUUUACAGCUCUCGCCACGACAGCUGGAUAUAAGGAGGUGGAGCCAGGCUCUUUGAAAACCUCCCACAACCACACACACAAACUCAGACUGGGUGUAACUUCUUUCAAGUUGACCUUUGUACUGAACACCUAAGGAAUAUAAAAAAACAAAACAAAAAAACGUACGGGUUGGUGUUCUGUGAUGGGGUUUGUGAUGUCAUGACAUCGAUCCGUACAUUAUUAUGUGGACUGCUCAAGACAGACGAAAGAGCUUGAUUCUUUUCAACAUAUGUAUAUAUAACGUUAUAGUAUAUUUAUAUAUAUGUAUAUAUGGCUUCAUGCAAAGAAAAUGUUAGUUGUGGUCUUCAAAAUAAAAUUCCAACCCAUUAAAUGGGGUAAUUUAAUACUGUCUGUAUCUAUAUGUGCUUUUUUGAAGUUACACUGAAUUUUAAUAUAGAUUAACUAUGACAGCCUUAUAAGUCACUGACUAAAGGUUGGUUUUUAAAUGAUCUUCAAUCCGGAAGUCUAAUCCCUAAUUUCAAAAGUUUUUCUUGUAAACUUUUCUCAAACCAACACUUCUAAACAGUUGUUCAGGUGUGGACAAAUGCCACCAUCACAGUGGAGCUUCACAGACUGACAGCUCUAUAUUUUAGUUUUUUCUCACAUUUAAAUUGUGCUCUGGUGAAUUUUUAGCAUCGGCUUAACGUCAUGUGCCCAUUUUGCACAUGCUAGCUUCUGUCACCAAAGUGUUUCUGCUGCAGUGGAAAACCACAGAACAAGAGUUCAACAGUCAGAACACACUGAAGUGCUGCCAAGAGAUGAUUUGACAGCAUGAAACAAACACAGAUUCAGCACCACGGUCAAUGAAAAUAUCUGCAGACUGAACUUGACUGAAAGGAGAACAAACAAAUGUCUUCGUGAAACAACGUUUCUGCUGAUUUAAGAAGAACACACAUGCACUUGAACUGAUGUUUUGCUUUGUUUUCUGUAAAUACGAAGUGUUUUCUUAAAUAUAAAAAGA